AUGUGUGUAUUAUGGGUUCAUUUAGAAGAUGCUGAUUCAGCUGGGGGAAACCCCCACCACAGCCUCAACCCCCACCACAGCCUCAACUCCCACCACAGCCUCAACCCCCACCAUACCCUCAACCCCCACCAUACCCUCAACCCCCACCACAGCCUCAACCCCCACCACAGCCUCAACCCCAACCAUACCAUAAACCCCCACCACAGCCUCAACCCCCAACACAGCCUCAACUCCCACCACAGCCUCAACCCGCACCAUACCCUCAACCCCCACCAUACCCUCAACCCCCACCACAGCCUCAACCCUCACCACAGCCUCAACCCCAACCACAGCCUCAACCCCCACCACAGCCUCAACCCCCACCACAGCCUCAACCCCAACCACAGUCUCAACCCCCACCAUACCAUAAACCCCCACCACAGCCUCAACCCCCACCACAGCCUCAACUCCCACCACAGCCUCAACCCCCACCAUACACUAAACCCCCACCACAGCCUCAACCCCCACCACAGCCUCAACUCCCACCACAGCCUCAACCCCCACCACAGCCUCAACCCCCACCACAGCCUCAACCCCCACCACAGCCUCAACUCCCACCACAGCCUCAACCCCCACCACACAUUAAACCCCCACCACAGCCUCAACCCCCACCACAGCCUCAACUCCCACCACAGCCCCUCAACCCCCCACAGCCUCAACUCCCACCACAGCCGCAACCCCCACCACAGCCUCAACUCCCACCACAGCCUCAACCCCCGCCAUACACUAAACCCCCACCACAGCCCCAACCCCCACCACAGCCUCAACUCCCACCACAGCCUCAACCCCCACCAUACAUUACACCCCCACCACAGCCUCAACCCCCACCACAGCCUCAACCCCCACCACAGCCUCAACUCCCACCACAGCCUCAACCCCCGCCAUACACUAAACCCCCACCACAGCCUCAACUCCCACCACAGCCUCAACCCCCACCAUACAUUAAACCCCCACCACAGCCUCAACCCCCACAGCCUCAACUCCCACCACAGCCGCAACCCCCACCACAGCCUCAACCCCCACCACAGCCUCAACCCCGCCAUACACUAA